AUGGGUUUGAAGCACCAAUCCACCGUGCCGACCGUUCGGCCCCCGAAAGACCUCUUCCUCGCGCUGCUCGCGUUCAGGCUGCUCAACAGUCUGGCAGUGCAGACCUAUUUCAACCCGGACGAGUUCUGGCAGGGACCGGAGGUGGCUCACCGGAUGGUCUUCGGCUACGGUUAUCUCACAUGGGAGUGGCAGCCUGAGUGGGCGGCUCGCUCCUUCCUCCACCCGCUGCUCUUCGCCGCUGGUUACCACCUGCUCGCCCUCUUACGCUGCGACACACCUUGGCUCGUUCGCCACUCGCCGCGGUUCAUCCAGGCAGCCAUGGCAGCACUGGCAGAUCUGCGCAGCCAUGGCAGCACUGGCGGAUCUGCGUCUCUAUAUGCUCACUCAAAGGCUCUUCCCCUCGCACCCCUCCGCUGCUGCAUUGGCGGUGAGUUGAGGGCCAAGAGGUGUGUCAUCAUAGCUCCACUCCUCGUGCAGGGCGCAAUAGCAGCACUGGCAGAUCUGCGCCAUUAUACACUCCCUCACAGUCGCUUUGUCCUUGUUGACUUGGAUUCUCUCGCUGCUGCUGGUGGAGGGGGCGCUGAAGGGAGUGAGGGGCCGAUGGGAAUGGAAUGGGUGCGGCCGCUGUUGCUGGAAGUGCUGCCUAUCGGUAUUUUCUGCCGCACUGUGCUCCCUCCCUGUCAUCACUCCACUGUGCUCCCUCCCUGUCAUCACUCCACUGUGCUCCCUCCCUGUCAUCACUCCACUGUGCUCCCUCCCUGUCAUCACUCCACUGUGCUCCCUCCCUGUCAUCACUCCACUGUGCUCCCUCCCUGUCAUCACUCCACUGUGCUCCCUCCCUGUCAUCACUCCACUGUGCUCCCUCCCUGUCAUCACUCCACUGUGCUCCCUCCCUGUCAUCACUCCACUGUGCUCCCUCCCUGUCAUCACUCCACUGUGCUCCCUCCCUGUCAUCACUCCACUGUGCUCCCUCCCUGUCAUCACUCCACUGUGCUCCCUCCCUGUCAUCACUCCACUGUGCUCCCUCCCUGUCAUCACUCCACUGUGCUCCCUCCCUGUCAUCACUCCACUGUGCUCCCUCCCUUCCCGGUUUCUGGUGCCAGCCUGACAGCUGUUGCCAUAACAGUGGCUGUGGACAGCUGGCAGUACGGCCGGCCAAUGGUGUUCACCCCUCUGAACCUCCUGCACUUCAACGUGCAUCUCAAGGGGUCCAGUCUCUACGGCAGCAACCCCUGGCACUGGUACUGGUCGCAGGGUCUCAUAGCCAUGCACGGCACCUUUUUCCCCCUCGCCUGCCUCGGCCUCCUCUGGUGCUCCUUCCCCUCCUACACCCCACCUCGUUAUAAGCACACAAGCUGGUUUCAGCAUGGUCACCAUCUGCUGGAGCGCCUGCAGCAGGGUUUGGUGUGGUGGUCUGUGCGCCUGCCCUUCGUGCUGGCCCUCUGGCUGCCUCUCUUCUACUCCCUCUCCGACCACAAGGAGCACCGUCAACUUACUGCUCGCCCUCUCGCUGCCUCUCUUCUACUCCCUCUCCGACCACAAGGAGCACCGGUGAGUCCGUCAGUGAGCGGAAGUGUUAGGGGGAGCACCGCCACACUCACCAUGCUAUCAUGUGCACCCAUCCUCACAUCCCAUCCUAACGGCACUAUCACUGUGUCUCGUGAAAGCGAAUUCGAUGAUUUGCUAGCCAACCCACAUGCCUUCCUCGCAUCCCGCUACACCGUCCCUCCAUCUGCCCGUACAUGCAUCGUGGGCCUGAUUCAGGGCGCUAUAGCAGCAGCUGAUGCUCACAGUGCUACAGCCGAUUCUCAUCCUGCUUGCGACGCUACAGCCGAUUCCCCUGCUGCCAGCCCCACCACGUGCAGAAGCAGCAGUAGGACGGCAUCGCAUGGACAACAAGAGGGCAGAUGCCAGGCUGCUGCUGGUGCAAGGGAUGGAGGGCGAGAAGCACAGGACACAGCAGCACCUGCAGUCAGUCAACCGGGGAAAAAUGAAGGCGGCAUGUCCAUGGAGGAGAUGAAGAAGGAGGGCUUUUUGAAAGGGUGUGAUGGGCUGGAUGGAGGAGGGCGGCCAGAGCUGCCAGAGCUGGUGGUGACAUUUGACACGGAGGAGCCGCUGCUGCUGCGGCUCCUCCAGUGUGCCGGGUACACAGAGGUGGCGCGAUUCUUGCAUGCACACUUCCCCGUUGAUAGGGAGUUGGAAGGGCAUAUACUCGUGUAUAGGAAACAUAUGGUGGUACCGUACAGUACAUAG